AUGUUUAUUAGGGUACGACAGAGUAGCGCUCGACCCUCGUUGAUCCAUCGUACUCGAAUCGCACUCAAAUAUGGACUUUCCAGCACAUGUAUAAUUCCAAUUUCUGGCUCACCUAAGCACCGGAAUUGGUUUGCAUGUCGCACUCUGGCUUCGUCGACACCCGAGAAAUCGUCGCCACUGUUGCCGACGCUACAUGGAAAAGACCUUUUAAGUCUUGUAUCCAGAGCAAGAGAUUUGCAUCCUUUGGACUGGUCCGAAGGUGUGUCAGCUGCUGAAGAAACGGAUCAAUGGGAUUUGAUGGAUCCGCAUUACGACCUUACCACAGCAAAGCUCACGAAGCUUUUCACGCUCUUUCAUCCAAAUGAGCGUGGCAUGGUAUCUUAUGACGGAUUCCGACGGGGUCUACAAGCUAUGGGAAUUUCGUGCGUGAACGAUGAAGAAUUUAACGACUUUAUCGGCCAAGUGGAUGACGACAAAAGCGGAGGAAUCACGUACGAAGAAUUCAUGUACGCAAUCCAGGAGAUUAAAUUAGCACAACUCUUCAGUCCAGACUUUGUGGAAGCUUUGAAUCGGGAGUACUAUAAAGUAUAUGGAUUCAAUGUACCAGCUGCUAGACUAGGAUCAAUCGAGUACGCACCCGAUAGAAUUCGAAGCGCAUACCCAAUUGAAGGAGUGGAGAAAUUUAUGUACUCAAGACGACCAAACUGGGCAACUGUCCGCUGGAUCAAUGUAGAAGGAACGGAUCCAUUGUUAAUGCGGAGAUUGGCAGUGCGAUAUCGACUGCAUCCACUUGCAGUAGAGGAUACAUUGGUUGCCGAUCUUGAGCGGCCUAAGUACGAACACUAUGAUGAGCACUCUUCACUAGUUCUUCAAACUGUUCACGCACGUGAUUUGAAAAAGACUUUAGAGUAUCAACGUUUGUAUCGCGCUUCGUUAUAUGUUCAAGAUAAUGGAGUAUCGCCUUUCGAAACUAUGAGCAAAGCUGAGCUAGAGAUGAGACUCGACGACUUAGGUAUGGGACGCAUUAUGGCACCGCCCGAACAACUGAGUCUGUACAUAAUGGAAAAUGUGGUUAUUAGUGUCCAAGAGUCGCAAAGUACAUUAUGGCCAACAUUGAAAAAGCGGCUGGAUACUUCAUACUCCAAGGUUCGCCACAGCGGUGUUGCGUUCCUCGUUUAUUCGAUUGUGGAUGUUUGCGUUGAUGAAUUGUCGCCUAUUGCUCACACGUAUGGUGCGAAGGUCGCAAUGCUUUCUCGCCUUCUACGCCUCGAUCCAUUAAAUUUUGAAGCCGAUCGGCUUGCCAAGUGCUCAAAAGAGAUCAAGGGGCUGCAAUUAUUAUGCAAACCGCUGCGAGAAAUGAUCACGCAGCUCAUUAAUUCGAGAGAUUUCGAAGGCGAAACGCUACGGUAUUUUCGAGACAUUCAAGAUCAUGUGACAGUGAUAGAUGAAACUUGUGACCGGCUUUUGGAUCGAUGUCGUUUUCUCCUCGACGAUUUUCAUAAUGCACGGCAUAUGCAACAGAGUGAAGUGAGCUACACGUUGACGCUAGUUGCUACUGUGUUUUUGCCAGCCCAGUUUCUUACUGGUCUAUACGGUAUGAACUUUGUCAACAUGCCUGAAUUGCAGUGCGAGAACGGAUACAUUAUAUGGUGGGGCGUUGUAUCAACCAUCGCCACGGGGACAAUCUCGUACUUCAAGUUUUACAAAAAGUGGCUGUAA